AUGAAGUCGACCGGUGCGCCGACAGACGAGCGCGGCGGUUGCUCGUUGGAAGAGACAGAGACAGCAGCCUCUGCCUCUGCUUCCCAGACGCACUUUGACGCCGGGCCGGGGUCCAUCAAGCAGAUUUCGGCUCUCACCUUUGGUUUCCCUUCUUCGGUCGUCGCUUCGCAGCAGCAGCACCAGCAGCAGCGUCAGCGUGGCCGUGGCAUCGGCAUUGGCAUCGACUCGCGACUGCCAGCUCUUUUUUCUGCUCGUUCGGCUGCCGUCGUUGCCAUCGCCAUUGCCGCCACCCACAAGCCCCGGCUGCAACUCCAGCGCGUCUGUCUUAUCCCGCCACCGGAGGAGCCGAUCUGA